UUCCGUGUCAACAUGGCGGCUUCCAUGGCAUCCCAGGCUGCAUCAAGAGGACUGAGGACAACUACCUCAAAGCACAUUCUUCUGAACAAAGUCAAGUGCACCUGGUUGAGUCCCAGGAGAUGGCUGAAUCUUCAGGAGUACCAGAGCAAGAAGCUGAUGCAAGAGAGUGGCGUGGCAGUCCAGCGCUUCUACGUGGCCGACACAGCUUCCGAAGCCCUGGAGGCGGCAAAGAGACUCAAUGCCAAGGAGAUCGUUUUGAAAGCUCAGAUCCUGGCCGGUGGCCGAGGCAAGGGUGUGUUCGACAGUGGUCUUAAAGGUGGAGUGCACUUAACAAAGGACCCUGCUGUGGUUGGUGAGCUGGCCAAUCAGAUGCUGGGUUUUAACCUGACUACCAAGCAGACGCCCAAAGAUGGAGUGAAAGUGAAAACGGUGAUGGUUGCUGAGGCUCUGGACAUUACCAGGGAGACGUACUUCGCCAUCCUGAUGGACCGCGCCUGUAACGGCCCUGUCAUGGUAGGCAGCCCCCAGGGAGGUAUGGAUAUCGAGGAGGUAGCCGACAAGACCCCAGAACUCAUCUUUAAGGAAGUCAUUGAUAUUUUUGAAGGCGUGCGAGACGACCAGGCUCUUCGCAUGGCAGCUAAUUUGGAAUUCAAAGGACCUCUGCAGAGACAGGCGGCAGAUCAGAUUAAGAGGCUCUAUGAUCUGUUCAUGAAAGUCGACGCCACUCAAGUCGAAGUCAAUCCUCUCGGAGAAACUCCCCAAGGACAAGUGGUUUGCUUUGAUGCUAAGAUCAACUUUGACGACAAUGCCGAGUUCCGACAGAAAAGUGUGUUUGCCAUGGACGACAUGAGUGAGAGCGACCCCACGGAGAUGGAGGCUGCCAAGUGGGACCUCAAAUAUAUCGGACUGGAUGGAAACAUCGCCUGCUUUGUGAAUGGAGCCGGUUUGGCCAUGGCCACAUGUGACAUCAUUGACCUGCAUGGAGGAAAGCCAGCUAACUUCCUGGACCUGGGGGGAGGAGUCCAAGAGAGGCAGGUGUACGAGGCCUUUAAGCUGCUGACUGCUGACCCUAAGGUUGAGGCCAUCCUGGUCAACAUCUUCGGAGGGAUUGUCAACUGUGCAAUCAUCGCCAACGGCAUCACCAAAGCCUGUCGAGAGCUGGAGCUCAAGGUGCCGCUGGUGGUCAGGCUGGAAGGGACCAACGUGGACGAGGCCAAGAGGAUCCUCAGAGAGAGCGGCCUGCCCAUCACGGCAGCGGAGAACCUGGAAGACGCCGCCAAGAAGGCAGUGGCCGCCAUCAGGAAAUAGAUCCAGUGUAACCUCAUCAGCAACAUGCAGUCAUACAGACUCAGGUCACAGUCAGCUUUUAGUCACACAUGCAGGAUUUCAAGCCUUUGCUCUCAUAGGCCUUAACGCUUACUUUCAUUGCCAAAAAAUAAAUAAUCUAGCUUUUAAUUGAUAUUAGUUGGAAUAAACCACAUUCUUUUAAACAUAGUCAUGAGCUCCAGUGUCCUCUGUCAGGGAUUGGAUGGAGGUCUAACACUUUGUUCAUUCCUUUUCCCCAGGCCAAAGACGCAGCUUCCCCUCUGCAUAUUGACGCUUUUUUUGUAGAAUAUAAGAUGUUUUUUUACCUCCAUCCUCUGUACUUUAGCAGAGAGUAUGACUGGAAACAGCCAGUGUUGUAAAAUCAUUAGAUGCCACUAAGCUCAAACAAAAAGCAGCAUAAAAGCAAGGCCUUAACUUUGGAUCAUCAGUCUUUUUUCAAAUGUUUUGCCUUGUCUAAGUAUCAUGAGGUGUAUGUCAAACCCAAACUGUGAACUUUGUACAACAUGUCUUAACUGUUAAGUGCUCUAUGGCAAAUUAACUGAUACACCUGUGCCUGUUCCAUGGCGGCUAAAAGGGUUUCGAUGCUAUCGUGCCAACUCUUUCAGUAGUUUCAUACAGAGGGGUUGAGAAAACAGAAAUCUUUUAUAAUAAUUUUUGCUUUUUUUAUAAUCAUGAAUGUACAGUAUAUUGACAGGAUAUCUUGAAUGCAGUGUCAGAACUGUAUAUCAUUUCAGAGAUUAAAAAGAAAUAUUUCAACA